AUGGCGCGAGGAAAUAAGAAAGCUGCUGCCAACGAGGGCUCGGGCACCUCGACUCCCAAGGCCGAGGAAACCGUCCAAGUCACCAAGGAAGCUGUUGUCGACGCCCAGGCCUCAACCUCGGUUGCUUCCGAGAAGCCAAGCGCCAAUGGCCCUACAUCUAAUGUUUAUACGCGAGAAGUUGAGAAACGCCUUGCGAAGUGGUCUAAGAAGAAGCGUGGCAUCGAGACAAUCGAGGCAAAGAUCGCUGGCUUAACUCCCCAAGAACAAGGGAUCACCAAGCUGAUUAACAAUGACGAACGAAAGAAGCUUGCUGAGAAAACGACGGUUGAGGAACGCGUAAAGGAGUACCAGGAGCUCGCUAGUGGCUUGUUAGCUGUUGCUGUAGCUGAAGAGAAGACCAAGACUUCCGAGAAGGAGGCUGCUGAGGCUGCUGCCGCCGCAGACCUCGCAGCGAAAGUUGAGGAAGCGAGAAAGGCUGGCUAUGAAGAAGGGUUGAAAACACAGAAGGAAGCUCUCUUGACCUGUUUUCGGUUCCUUCGGUUGGCAGGCUAUCGACGUGCUGUUCCAGACGAUAAUGUGGCGGAGAACGAGGCCAUUGAGAAGGUGCUUGUGAUGGUCUACAGCUCCGAGGAGUCUGCGACUGCAGCUAUCGAGAACUUAGCAGCGAGCAAGGAAGAGGUAGUUGAAGGGUCUGAGGGAGUUACAUACGCCAGAAUCAAGGAGAUAGCCAACACCUUGCAUGCCAGCCACGAGGAUGAAGAAACCGUCGAGCCUCCUUCAGAGGAAGUUGCUGCUGUCCAGACAUCUCAUGACCUCGGAGAGUCCACAGUUAUUGUCACCGAGGCUGAUACCGACACAACGCCUAAGGAUACCGGAGCUCCUCCUCAAACCUUGACCGAGACUGUGGAAGCCACACCUGCAGCCCCAGCGGCUACCGUCGUAGACGACGGCGCAGCCAAUGCUGCUGCUGUUUCACAGACUGGUGAAUCAGCAGAAGAGUGGGAUAGUAUCAAGGCAGGCGGGGAGUCAUCUAAUAAUGGUGCAUCUGCUGAAGAAAACCCUGCUACCAGCUGGGCAGACCAAUCUCACGAAGAGUCAACCGCAGAGCCAGCAGCCACACAGCCCGCUGAAGGCCGCUUCCAACAGGUUGGUGGUCGCGGUCGUGGUCGCGGACGCGGCGGUCCAAGACAAGACGGUCAAUCUCGAGGCGGGUAUCGUGGCCGCGGUGAUGGGUAUCGUGGACGUGGGGAAUUCCGUGGAGGUGACCGAGGGAACUUCAGAGGACGGGGUCGUCCAUUCCGUCCCAGGGGUGACCGAGGCGGAUAUGGUCAGGGCCCAGCUCCCGCUGCUGCUCCUGCCCCCGCCCCCGCCCCCACCCAGUGA